AUGCCUCCCACGGUGUUGUUCAAGAACGGUCUGCGGUAUGUUGAGCCGUACAUGAGGCGCAUCACUGCCGUUACGAGACCACGGUGGGUCGGGAAGCCAUUUCUGGAGGUUCUGGCGACCGAUUUCCGCGGCAGAGACAUCAGCAAGUACAGCCAGCUGAUCGACUCUGGAGACAUGUAUAUUUGGCGAAACACCCCGGCAGGCGUGGAGACAGUCCGCGGCGCCCAGCUGAGAACCGAGAAGCUGCAACGUGGAGACAGAAUCAGCAACAGUUUCCACCAUCACGAGAAACCCGUGAUUGCGGCCCCGAUAGACGUCGUCUACGAGGACAGCGAGAUGCUGGUGGUGAACAAGCCGGCAGGGAUUCCUGUGCAUCCCACGUCGGGGUACUUCCAGAACACCGUGCUGGAGAUCCUGAAACGCGAACACGGGCAGAGCCAGCUGCAUCUGCUGCAUCGUCUGGACAAGAGCGUCUCUGGGGUGCUCAUUAUGGCUAAAAAUCUCCCGAAAUUCAGGCGGCUCCGGAAGGAAAUAGAGGACAAAAAAAGAGCUUCCAAAGAGUACAUAGCCCGCGUCCGAGGUAGGUUCCCGAGCUCCGUGGCGUGCCACGACGACGUGGUGGUCCUCGACCCUCUCAAGAGGUAUCGGCACGGCGGCGUGGGAGACGCCAAGAGGGCCUCCACGAAAUUUUCGCUGCUCGAGUACAAUUCUGAGCUGGACGAAAGCACGGUGAAAUGCGUGCUCCAGACGGGCCGAAAACACCAGAUCCGAAUACAUCUGCGAAACCUGGGACACCCGAUCGUGAACGAUCCACUCUAUGGCCCUUCCGGGAUCUUGAACCAACCAAUGACCUCGCGGCCGUCCAGGAAGGAAUUUUCUUUAAUUCAGGAAAAAGCAGAGCAGCUACUGAGCGCCAUAACGCUUCCCGGGAGGUGCGAGGUGUGCGGGUUUCCGAACCACGUCGACCCCACUCCGGAAGAGCUCGUGAUAUACCUGCAUGCCCGCAAAUACAUGGUGCAAGGGUCCUGGAGCUACUCUGUUCCGGACCCUGGCUGGGCCAAAUUUCUAUAG